CGGCGCUGGGCGGGAACGCGGUGGGAGCGCGGUGGGAGCGCGGGCUCUGCUCCGGCACUGCCCGCCGCUGCUGCUGCCGCAGGAGCCUACGAGGGCUUUGCCCAGGCUGGAGACUUCCACAUCAGGCUACUGCUGCCGGUGGAUUUGCAACUGAAAAAUGCCAGGAUAGAGUGCAGCUGGCGUCUGAAGAAGAUCCUGCGUGGAUGUCGGCACAUUUCUAAAGCAGAGGCUGCAGAGCUGCCCAGGUCUUGUCAGCUUUAUGGUGGAACUGAAAACUGUUUUGGAAAUUGCUUUAAAAAACACACAAGACCUGCACAUCUCACGGCCUCCAGAAUACUACUCCUGUCUUGUCAGAGAUCUAGAAAUACUGGGCUGGAAUAGAAAGGUAAAUCCACCAAAAAAAUUCAUGAGUGGAGGGGAGAAUAUGAAAAACUCAACCCAAAACUUUAACAAGUGUAUAUUGUGCUAAAUGAAAUAAAGAAGCCUUAGGUGUAAGAACAGUUUUGAGUUUUCCCAUCUGAUUUCUAUAUAGAUAAACAAGAUGUGACUAACAUUAAGUGGGAAGUUGCUUUGAGGGCCCACUUUUAUUUAAAGAUGUAAAACACCCUUGUGAAAUCAGCUGAAGAUUGUGUCGGCGAUUGCCAUUGUUAAUAUGUAAUUGUGUCGUAUUCUAUUUAAAUUUCACAGACUCAAAUCUGAGAAUAUCAGGUAAAAUUUCUUAAACACACGGGAAAUAAAUUUUCAGUUAUGUUUGUUCUCCCAAAAUGGAUGAAAAACAAAAACACCAACCAAAAAAACGAACAAACAAAAAAACUCAAACCCAAAAAAACCAAAAUCUUGAAGAAAGGUUGGAGAAGUCAGUGAUUAAUCAAAGGACUACGCUGCACAUGGGGAAUCACAUCGGGUUUACUCCGACUUGGAAGCAGGAUGACCUGGACAGGCAAUGUGAAGUCCAUUAGCAAGUCACACCUUUGAUUUCGGAGUGCUUUUAACACUAAAGUGACUCUCUAAGAGACCCUCUUAACUGAGACUGAUUGUGAGUUGUAAGUGAUGCUUUAUUUGCUUGGCAGUUACAGAACAUCCUGCAAUGAUCUUUCAGCAGAACUGCCUGUGUUUGGUGCUGGUAGUGAGGAGCAAUCACUGCUCACACCUUGAGCUUUAGUUAAGGAUUUUUUUUAGGAAAAACCCUUGCUUGUUCUGUACCCCAGAUUUACUCAUUCCUAGCAAGUUUUGGGUCAUGCUGAAAGCUGACUGCACCCAAACCCACCUGAAAAAUUGGAAGUCAUUGGCUCUUCUAAUACUUCCCCUUAAUGAAACUGGUUGAGGCAGUGACAAUUUGCCUGGGAAGGCAAAUUAUCAACUAUAAAACACCUUUAGGACUCUUAUCACCCUUAUGGGGAUUCAUAAAGGUUGCCAAUAUCUCUUAAGUCCAUGUUGUCUCAAAUCUCAAAGCUCUUUUGCUUGAUACAUUGCCAUUAAUUUCAUAUGAAAUAUCUUCUCCUCUUGCCUCCUCCAUUUCCAGGGAAUCCUGCCUGGUCCUAUGCUCUCAGUCAUUCGUCUGUCAUGCUGGACUUCAGAGAUUUACCUGAGGCUUUCCAUCUUUAUGCUGAUUCCUUUUAUUCCUUUUUUUGUAUUUUUCUUUUUUUUUUUCCCUCUGAUAAAGUGAUGGAGCCUAGAGAGGUAUUGAAGUCUUUUUAAGUGAAAUAUCACUUAUGUACACAAUUCUGUAUGUGUUUAUACAAAAAGUGUGACUUUAAGCUGAAAGAAUCCAGCCUUUUCUUAUAAAUCAAGAUUGAAGUGGUCCAAACAAGAUGAAUGUCAGAACAGGUAAAAUCCCUGACACCUCAGCAGCAUUCUUUGAAUUUUUCUGUUUUCUUUUGCUGUGGAUCUUUGGAGCAGAGUGCUGCAGGCUCCAGUUGUGCUUUGGUGUGGACACUGCUGCAUUUUUCACUGCUCUAUCUGUGCUGGGCCUUAGCUGCUGGUUCAGGAAGCAGUAGAUGGAAGGGGUAUAGAGGCAGUUUCUCAGCUUUAUAAAACUGGUACACUUUCGAGGUAAAGUUGGAACGAAGCAGGAUAAAUGAUUUUUCUCCCCCAGUUAGAGAAAGAAUCCUCUAAUUCUUUCUAAGUAUAUCAAGUUCACCUGGUUCCAGUUGAAUGACACUUUUAUCAAGACUUGUCUUUUUUUCAGCUGUUGUGGAGAAAUAGUCCAAGAAAUCUGCAGGUCUCUUUAAUAUUGCAUUAAUCAGCAUUAAACAUGAAAUUAUCUCUGAUGUGCUCAGAUAGGGAAAGCCGAUCGGAAGAUCUCGCGAUGUACGGGAAGAUAGGGCCCCUCUUUCUCCAAAGUUCUAUAACCCAAUAAUGUCACGGUGAUGACGUCAUCGUAACUCGGUCAUAUAAAACCUUGCACACCGGAAAUAAACGCUCUUCACCGUCCACCACAUUGGUGUUCGCGUGUGAUUAGCCCGACAGGCCUCUAAGUUUAGCCGUUGUGUCACUCACGAACCGGGUCGCUACGCCUCAUCUGAGGCAACAUAGUGGUGCCGAAACUGGGGACCGCUCCCCGACACACGGGUUUGAGCGGUCGGAUUUCGGGAGUCUCGCCGGACGCUGAGGGACGGCUGGAGCAGCAGGACCGACUCCAGCAGGGAGGACGCUCCCGUACCGCCAAGAUGCAGUCGCUCAGCAGGGUAAUUUCACAGCUACAUAUGCAGUGGCGUAUAGACUUCAAAUCAAAGGAUUUUGAAUGCAUGGUUGUCAGAUUACUAGAAUUAUGUGUUAUCGAUGAUCCCGUAGAUAUAUUACGCCCAGAUUGCUGGGUUAGGUGUACUAAGGUGCUCACGGAUGACGUGUUGUGCUUCAAGUCUAGCAAGUGCCUUAAAAGCUGGGCAAGAGUUACACAAGCGCUACGGAAAGCGCUUCAAGAGCAGGAAACUUGGAAGGCAGCUCAAAGCUGUUUUAAGGUUACACCACGGGUGGGGGUUGGAGCUGCUACUCAGACCACAUUUAUUGACUGCCCCACCGAUUCUAACUGGCCAUCCAAUGAUGACGGGCGACCCAAGUUGCCAUCCCGCCUGCCCGGCUCUAAUGCAGGUUUGGCCGCGGAACAUACUUUGCCGCCGGGGGGUACGAAUACCACUGAGCCGCGGGGCGCGCCCGACACCGCGGGCCCUGGAGAUGUCAGGGAAAGGCCUCCACCAUACACGCCGCGAAAUGGCACCAGGGAGAGGAGCGAGGUCUUCAGAGCGAAGAUGGCGGCAGGAGAGUCGAAGUCAGUGCUGUUCGUGUGCCUGGGAAACAUCUGUCGCUCUCCAAUAGCUGAAGCAGUUUUCAGAAAACUCGUAACUGAUGAGAAGCUUGAACAUAAGUGGAGGACAGACAGUGCAGCAACAUCUGCCUAUGAAAUAGGAAGCCCUCCUGACUAUCGAGGACAGAACUGCAUGAAGAAGCAUGGCAUUACCAUGAACCAUAUUGCCAGGCAGAUUACUAAAGAGGAUUUCCAGACCUUUGAUCAUAUACUUUGUAUGGAUGAGAGCAAUCUAAGAGAUUUGAACAGGAAAAGUAACCAAGUUAAAGACUGCAAGGCCAAAAUUCAGCUACUUGGAACUUACGAUCCACGGAAACCACUUAUUGUUGAAGAUCUAAAGGUUCCUGGUUCGAUCCCGAGUUUCAACAGAGCUACAGCAAAGACUUGAACAGCGUAGCCAACACUGCUCAGCAGAACUGGUUUAGUUCAAUGUUCGGCCAAUCCCCAUGGAUUAUUACCCUUAUUUCCACGUUAGCAGGACCAGUUAUCGUUGUGGUGUUCAUACCUAUAUUUGGUCCUUGUCUCCUUAAUAAGUUAGCCCAGUUUUAUAAAAACCCGUUUGGAUAAGAUUGACAUUUUAUAUUUAGAACAGAGACAGUUAACCUGAGUUUGCCAUGACAGUUUGUACUAAUACACCGCGGUUACGUUUAAUGUUCAUUACUAACCAGUUCACGGUUUGUUGUUAAUUACAUAAGUCAUUCAGUUAUAAAGUUCUGUUCAUGGAGAGGGGAGAAGAUGAUGUGGUUAGAUAGGGAAAGCCGAUCGGAAGAUCUCGCGAUGUACGGGAAGAUAGGGCCCUCUUUCUCCAAAGUUCUAUAACCCAUAAUGUCACGGUGAUGAUGUCAUCGUAACUCAGUCAUAUAAAACCUUGCACACCGGAAAUAAAUGCUCUUCACCGUCCACCA